CUCAGCCUCCCUCCUGUACUCUUUUUCCCUCUAAAACCUGCGCAAUCUAUUCAAAGAAAUGUCACGAAAGGGCGACGACUCUCCGCAGCUCACAGACAGCAAACCCGUGCUCGAUGCUGCCUACAAGGUGCUUGGCCCACGCACUACAGCCCCGGCUGGUCCGUCGCUGCCCACAGUCAUCUCGAUAUUCAUCGGCUUUAUGUCGACAAACAUCCUGUCCUCGUCGCUGAUCCGUCUGGGCCCGCAGUACCUCGAGCCCGUGUUCGGCAACGUGCUGCCGUACCUCAACUACUUUUACGGCAUCCUGUUCAGUUUCAUUUUAGGCGGGCUGAUGGGGUCCAGCUACUGGCGCUAUAUCCUGUCGGCUAUGUCGCCCGUCAAAAAGCGCAAGGGCGACCAACUGACCAUUGACACCAAGACCACUCGUGCCAUCGCCAUGGCAUUCGACAUGGCAGCAAUUCUGACUGCUCUGGCGCCGACACGCGCCUCGUACCUGUUCCGUUACUCCGAUAUGGUGAGCCCGAUGUGGGGCCCCAUGAUUGUCUACUGCCUGUUCACGUUCCCGGCGUUUGUGCUGGGCGGGUUCGUCGCAGUGCUCAGCGCGGCGCGCGUCUCGUACAACCCGCAGUCAAAGAUCCUGCAGGGCGCAAUCUCCAUCGCGUACCUAAGUGCUGUCGCCAUGUCAGUCUGGCUUGGCCACACAUUUGCCCGCCCCCAGGUUGCCUGCACUGGCAUUCUUUUCAACGCCAUCUUCGCUGGGCUCAGCAGUGUUAUCAUCAAGCUGCUGACUGGCUACCAGGAGACUGUUGAUUCUGCAGAUGCCCUCGAGGCACUCAAGGCUGCAUCGCCGGAUGGCAAGCUCGAGAAGGGCGCCGAGGAGCUGACCGCAAACCUGCGCGAUAGGCAGAUCCGCAAACUGCAAUUCCUGCCGGCUGGAGGCGUGCUGUUCUUUGCCCUAACCACGUUCUUCUCGCAGCCCUCUUGCACCAACGGCCUGACAGCUGCCAACAACCGCAACACGACACAGUAUCACAUGCUGUCGCGGCAUGAGUCUAUCACCGGCUGGGUCUCUGUAUCUGACGAGGCUCAGCGAGGAAUACGCCUGCUCCGCAGUGGCCAUUCCAUUCUCGGCGGCCAGUGGAACACGACCAACGAGUCCAUCUUUGGCGACAACAAGCACCACCCGGCGUCCAAGUCCAAGGGCAUGAUGCGCGCCCUGCAGAUCGGCCUCGGCAUUGGCGUGUCAGCACGUUCGCUGCACGAGCAGAAUGUGCGUGUGGACGUUGUCGAGAUCGACCCCGAAGUCUACAAGGCUGCAGUCGACUAUUUUAUGCUGCCAAAGAACCUCAAUGGCGUGUACCUGCAAGACGGCCGCACCUUCAUUGACGAGUCGCCCGACCACACAUACGACUACAUUGUGCAUGACGUGUUCACCGGCGGCUCUCUCGAGCGCAUCCUCAAGCCCAAUGGCACCCUGGCCAUGAACUACGUCGGCAUCAUGUCCGACACGCGCUCCCUUUACCAUGUCGCUCGCACUAUCUCGACUGUGUUCUCGCAUGUCCGCUGCUUUGCUGAGUCAUUGGAUGAUAUGGAUGGGCUGACCAACAUGAUGUUCUUUGCAUCAAACAGCCCGCUCGAGUUUGACAUUUCGCACAAGGUCCUGCGCGCAAUGGACCAAUACACAAUCCGCUCCAACAUGCUGUCCAAGAUGGAGGAGCGGGAGAUCAACAUCGAUGCGGCGUAUGCCGACGAUGUCAAGCCCAUCACUGACCAGUGGAACCCGCUGCCUCAGUGGCAGGUCGGCUCUGCCAUCGCCCACUGGAAGGCCAUGCGCGAUCUGUUCCCGACGGAGUACUGGCUCAACUACUAAGAAAUAGUCCUGCGUAUUGUCUCCCAAAAGUGAAAUACGCAUUGUCGAUUCAUGCGUGAAUGUGCAGUACAACCACUUUCUCUACGUGGUGCUAGACAACAGGUCCACAUUAGUAAAAGAUCCUCGAUUAUGACAAUCCGCCACACAAUAGCUACCAGCCUGUAACCGGAAAAUGCUUAAGCACUACAACCGCCUUCCUUGUCGUGUCCCUCUUUGCACAAUGCAA